AUGUGUUUUGGUCGGGAACCCAAACCCAGACGAAGGCCCCACAACAACCGGCGGAUCGUCAAGACCUUGGAACAACACGGAUAUGGAAUCGACAUCAACAAGAUUGUCACUCAGCUGUACCUCGAUAGAGAUACUCGAGGGGAAGUCCGGAGGCCGCUUGCAAGUGACGUGCUCCUCUCGUUCUGGAAACACUUCGCUCAGAAACCCGUCAGAUCUCUGAGGGAGAUCAUUUUCCAGACUGUCAAAGAGCCAUCAACGAAGAGAGUCAGGGACCACGCUUACCGCGUUCUCCAAAAGGGGUCCUUGAGAACUGUCCGCCUUCGAAGUCAAAGCGGAGGGAUCGAGGGAGAGGAGUUCGACCGGGCACAUGGAGAAGCCAAACUGGGCAAAUGUGUGAGAACGAUUGCUACGGAAUACAUCGAGAUGAAGGAGGGCCACGCCCGAAUCGUACAGUUCAAAUUUGUUCCCCACGGGCCACGAGGCGCGGAUUUCCAUUUCGUGGUCGCGCUUGACUAUGAUCGGUAG